AUGGGCCUGUGGGCUCUGCUGGUCCUGCUGGUGGCUGCAGCUUGGCAUGGUCAGGGGGUCCCAGUUAUAGGGCCCCAAGGACCUGAGCUGGUUGUGGCACCAGGCACAAUGGUGACCCUGCGAUGUGUGGGCAACGGUAGCGUGAAAUGGGACAGCCCCACCUCCCCUGGCUGGACCUUGGACUCUGAGAACUCCAGUAGCAUCCUGACCACAACCAAUGCUACCUUCCAAAACACGGAGACUUAUCGCUGCACUGAGCCUGCAGACCGCUCGGGGGGCAACGCCACCAUCCACCUCUUUGUGAAAGACCCUUUCCAUCCCUGGAAUGUCCUUGUGAAGGAGGUGACGGUGUUUGAGAAUCAAGAUGCAUUGCUGCCCUGCAUGCUCACCAAUCCAGAGCUGGAGGCUGGUGUGUCGCUGGUGCGGGAGCGGAACCGGCCCAUCCGGCACAACACCAACUAUUCCUUCUCGAGAUGGCAUGGCUUCACUAUCCACAAGGCCAUAUACCUUGAGAGCUCAGUCUACCAAUGCAGCGCCCAGGUGGGCAACAGGAAGAUGCUGUCCCCUGGCAUACAGCUCAAAGUGCAGAAAGCCUCAGGGCCUCCUGCCUUGACCCUGGAACCUGCUGAGUUGGUGAGGAUUCAAGGGGAGUCUGCUCAGAUCGUGUGCUCAGCCAGCAGCGUGGACCCUGCCAUUGACAUCUCCCUCCAACAUGGAGACACCAAGCUGACAAGUUAUCAAGUAGCUGACUUCCAUGAUAACCGUUACCUUAAAGUCCUGACCCAUAACCUCAAACAUGUCGGCUUCCAAGAUGCCGGGACCUACGCCUGCGUGGCCAGCAAUACCCAGGGCAACCGCUCCACCUCCAUGGUUCUUCGGGUGGUAGAGAGUGCCUACUUGAACUUGACUUCUGAGCAGAACCUUUUCCAGGAAGUGAGCCUGGGUGAGAGGCUCAACCUCACAGUAAAUGUGGAGGCGUACCCGGGCCUGCAAGGCUUUAACUGGACCUACUUGGGACCCUUCUCUGACCAGUCCAAGCUCAAUUUUGCCACCACCAACAACACAUACAGGUACACCUCCACCCUCUCCCUGCCUCGCCUGAAACCCUCUGAAGCUGGUCACUAUUCCUUUCUGGCCAGAAAUGUGGGAGGCUGGAAAUCUCUGACCUUCGAGCUGACCAUUCGAUACCCUCCAGAGGUAAAGGUGACAUGGACCCUCAUCAAUGGCUCUGAUGCUCUGCUCUGUGAUGUCACUGGGUACCCACAGCCCAACGUGACAUGGCUGCAGUGCCAGGGCCACACUGAUAGGUGUAAUGGGGCUCAGGAACUGGUGUUAGAGGAUCCAUACCCUGAGGUUCUGAGCCAGGAACCCUUCCACAAGGUGACUAUCCGGAGCCUGCUGACCAUUGGAGCCCUGGGACACAACACCACCUAUGAGUGCAGGGCCCAGAACUGGGCAGGGAAUGCCUCCCACUCCUUCUGGCCCAUCUCUGUUGGUGAGCAUAGACAGCCCCUUGAGGAGCCCCUCUUCACGCCAGUGCUGGUCGCCUGCAUGUCCAUCAUGGCCUUGCUGCUCCUGCUACUAUUGCUGCUUCUGUACAAGUACAAACAGAAGCCCAAGUACCAGGUGCGCUGGAAGAUCAUUGAGAGCUAUGAAGGCAACAGUUAUACCUUCAUUGACCCCAUCCAGCUGCCCUACAAUGAGAAGUGGGAGUUUCCCCGAAACAACUUGCAGUUUGGUAAGACACUUGGAGCUGGUGCCUUUGGGAAGGUGGUAGAGGCCACGGCCUUUGGUCUGGGCAAGGAAGAUGCUGUCCUGAAGGUGGCUGUGAAGAUGCUGAAAUCCACAGCUCAUGCAGAUGAGAAGGAGGCCCUCAUGUCAGAACUGAAGAUCAUGAGUCACCUGGGUCAGCACGAGAACAUCGUUAACCUUCUGGGAGCUUGCACACAUGGAGGCCCUGUCUUGGUCAUCACUGAAUACUGUUGCUAUGGAGACCUGCUCAACUUUCUGCGACAGAAAGCCGAGGCCAUGCUGGGACCCAGCUCGAGUCCUGGCCAGGACCCUGACGGGAUCACUGGCUACAAGAACAUCCACCUGGAGAAGAAAUACGUCCGCAGAGACAGUGGCUUCUCCAGCCAGGGUAUGGACUCCUAUGUGGAGAUGAGGCCUGUCUCCACUUCAUCUUCAAAUGACUCUUUCUCUGAGCAAGGCCUGGACAAGGAGCAUGGGUGGCCACUGGAGCUCAGAGACCUGCUCCACUUCUCAAGCCAAGUGGCCCAGGGCAUGGCAUUCCUUGCCUCUAAGAACUGCAUCCACCGGGAUGUGGCAGCCCGAAAUGUGCUGUUGACCAGUGGGCGUGUGGCCAAAAUUGGGGACUUUGGGCUGGCUAGGGACAUCAUGAAUGACUCCAACUACAUUGUCAAGGGCAACGCCCGCCUGCCCGUGAAGUGGAUGGCUCCAGAGAGCAUCUUCGAUUGUGUCUACACAGUUCAGAGUGAUGUCUGGUCCUAUGGCAUCCUCCUCUGGGAGAUUUUCUCACUUGGGCUGAACCCCUAUCCUGGCAUCCUGGUAAACAGCAAGUUCUAUAAAUUGGUGAAGGACGGCUACCAAAUGGCCCAGCCUGCAUUUGCCCCAAAGAAUAUAUACAGCAUCAUGCAAGCCUGCUGGGAUCUGGAACCCACCCGCAGACCCACUUUCCAGCAGAUCUGCUUCCUCCUUCAGGAGCAGGUCAAAGUGGACAGGAAAGAACAGGACUAUGCCAACCUAUCCAGCAGCAGCAGUGGUGGUGGCGGCAGCAGUGAGCCAGAGGAAGAGAGCUCAAGCGAGCACUUGGCCUGCUGUGAGCAAGGGGACAGUUCCCAGCCACUGCUGCAGCCCAACAACUACCAGUUCUGCUAA